AUGCACGCAUCAAGAAGCAUCUGCUCAAGAUGUGCCUCGCAGAUCCGCUCAGUCCAGACCCGAGCCCUCGGAGGUGCGGCGCUGUUUGCGUCUCUGAGUGAUGCAAAUGCACCCUCGGAUGCAUCAAACAUAACCCCGGACACCCACCAGAGGACCGCAGAAACAGCUAAACGGCAGCCUCACAGCAAUGCUUGGGCAUCUCCUCCCAAAAGGAAUACUCGGAGGAACCUCUACCGGCCGUCCGGCUUUUCAAAGAACAAGCCGCUCCGGCCCUCGGAAGACUCCGCCAUCGCCCUCUUCAAGGAUGUCGUCAGCCCGCAAGCCAAGACAGCCGCGUCACAGUCGUCCUCUCCCCUCGGAGAGCUGGAGAUUGCGGCCAAGAUCAAGGAGCUUUCUGUCAAGCCGGUGGAUGCCCUUGAGAAGCUGCACGUCUUUCGGCAGACCAUCUGGCCGCACCUCGAGCAGUUCCACGGCCGGAUGCCCAAGCAUCUGUCCAUGAUCUCGACCCAAUUCCUCGAGAGGAUCUGCGACGAGAUUGCCGAGCGUGGACUUACUGGCCACGGCAUCGAACUGUCUCGGCUUUACAGCGGCCUGGGAAGACCUGAUCUCGGCUUCAGGAACCAGCUCGUCCUCAACGUCUGCCACGCUCUCGUUUUCGAGCAGCGAGACUCGGCGGGUCGCGCUGCCCUGAUGGACGAGCUCGCCGGCUUGUGGAAACACAUCUCACAGCUUCACCGCCCGAGUCAACGGCGUGAGCCACUCAAGUUUUCCUUUCCCUCGGCGCGAGAUGUACGGCAAGAUAUUGCAGAGAGUAACGCGACCAAUCUUCACCUUGACCCCACGACCAGGGCUCUUGCUGCUCUUUUCCUGCAAUUCGAACCGGGCGAUGCUCGCGAUAUCAUACCGGGACUCUUAACCACCAUUGCUGUUCUCUCAGAUUCCCGAUUCAUCAGAACUAACACGUAUGCCACCAUGGCACCGUUGUUGAACCUGGUGGCCGUGGCCCUCGACAGCAACAGAGGCGCUGCAAGCGAGGCCUAUGUCUCCGGCAUGUUUGACAACCAUGCUCAACUUCCCUCGGCAGAGAAGAUGUCCGACAUCAAAUCUUAUGUGGUGCAGCAAUGGCCACAAGCCCUUGAAAUGCUACACAAGGAAAACCCACCCUGGCGCUCAGGCUCCUCGUCCAGUCUCACAACUCUGCACAGCCAGCUUCGUUCGGCAUACAUGGCCCGCGAUCUCGCCUCCAUGUCCUCCAUUUGGCAAGAGUUCAAAAGGCUGCUGGAGACGAAGCCGGAACUUGCAAAUCAGCUGCGCAGGAGUGCCGAGUUCUUGGACUUUUGGGUCUUCGUCUGGUGCGCGUGCCGCCGCCACAGGCAUCUGCAGGAGACGUUCGACUUCAUGCAGCAGCUCCAGAUACACCCUACUCUCAAGACGUACACGGGCAUGAUGCACGGGUGGAAGCUAUGCAAGGAUACGGAUCGGAUCGAAGCCCUCUGGCAGAAGUUGGCGGGCGCUGGCCAGAAACUCGACUCCCACAUCUGGACGGAACGCAUCUCCAGCCUGAUCGAGGCGGGCAAGCCCCAAGCCGGCAUCGAGGCGCUCGCAGAGAUGCUCGCCCUGUGGAAGCAGGCAGUGCAGAAGAACGUCCCCCACACGGCCGUGCAGCCCACCAUUGAGUCGGUCAACGCCGCCUUCAAGGGCCUCAUCCAAGUCGACCGCAAGGCUGCCUUUGACGUGCUCAAGUGGGCGGGCCGCGAGAACAUUGAGCCCAACGUGCGGACGUACAAUGUACUGAUUCGCCAGGCCUUCCGGGACGACUCCCCCGACGAUGUGCAGACGCUGCUCAAGGUCAUGUCCGAGCACGGCAUCGACCCGGACCCGGCCACGUUCACCAUCAUCCUGGAAGAGGUCAUUGGCAGGAUGGGCGAGGCCUCGGCAGCCGACCAGGUCGAGGCCGUCCACUCCGUCUUCCAGGACAUCCAGCGCGCCGGGCUGCGGCCCAACCAGGAGACGUACGGCAAGAUGCUCUAUGCCGUGUCGUCCCUGGCCAACGGCAGCGACGAGGCCGUCGCGGCCGUGCUCACGCACAUGCGCGACAACACCGACUUCAAGGUGACGCCUCACAUGGUCACCAUCCUCAUCGAGCGAGCCCUGGGCCGCGAUCCGCCCGACAUGGGCGCCAUUGACACCCUGCUUGCCGGGCACGGCUUCUCCCGCGUCAGCGACGGAGACCAGACUCUCUGGGAGCGCGUCAUGAGCGCCAACGCCAUCACGGGCAACACGGACCGCGCAAUGGACAUCUUCCACGACCUGCAAAAGGCCGGGCGGCCCGUGACGUCGCUGCCGUGCCUGACGGACCUGCUGUGGGCGCUGCUGGGAGCCGACAAGCGCGACGAGGCGAGGCACGUCGUCGACGUGGUGCUGGACUACAAGACGGGCGAAGGAGACUGGGACGGAGACUUCAAGGAUGAGCGGUACUGGAGGCACCACUUCUGGUUCCUGGCCAAUGAGAGGGGACUGCUCGAGGGGAGGGAGUUGCCGGACGUGUUGCGUGCAAGUUUGCGAGGCUAA